AUGAAGAGCCAACUUAUUAAAGGGAAAAAAGAAGUUAUUGACUUAAGAAAAAAACUUAUGGGCUCAUUAGAAAUAAACGAAAAAGAAAUCAAAGAUAUGGGACUUGAUGUUAUAAAUGACAAAAAUACGACAGUAGAUAUGAAGUGUCUCAGUAAACCAGAAAAUAAAGCACUUCAUUAUGCCAGAAAGGCUGUUGAAAUAGCAGAAGACAUGGCUGAGCAUAAAGCAGAAAAACUCUUCAAACCAUAUGAAGAAAUUAAAAUUCAGUUAUUUAUUGAGUCUGUUAGAAGAAAGGUAUAUUUCACUACAACAACAUUGUUAAUGAAUAAAUUAAAUGGAAAAGACUUUACUAAAAAAGAAGCUAAAAUACUUAUUCGAGAAGUUGCUAAGAAGGUUGUUAAAAAAGCUAAAAGACAUGAUGCUGUUGAUGAGUACUUAGUAUUAGAAAAGGCUGAAGACGAAGAGACUAGAAAAAAAUUAACUGCAAUUUAUACAAAAGAAGACCUUAGUGAACAAUUAAAAUUUAAUAAAAUCAAUGCUCUCAUCUAUUCAUAUGAAUUACAAAAAGCUAAACAUGAUAUUCCAAUUCAGAGACAAGCACUAAAACAAGCCACCAUUAAAGAAGAAGUUAAGUUACAUGGAAAUAAAUUAAUUGAUAGUGUUGAGAGAGUAGAGAAAAGCGUCAAAGCAUUAAAUAAGAUUGAAAAAGAGAUUAAAGUUCAAGAGAAACAAAUCAAAGCCGCACAGAAACAACAAAAAAAAUCUGAAAAGAAAAUAGAGAAGAUUCAUCAAAUGAAGAAGAAAGAAGAAAAAGUUGAAAAAAUAAUGGAUAACCUAGAAAGUCCUAAGUGUGUUCUUAAUAACCAAACCCAUAUAAACAACUCUACUAAUUCAUCUACUAACACAACACAUAUUAAUAACUCCACCAAGUUAUUUACAAAUACAACACAUGUAAACAAUUCAACUAAGUUAUUAAUUAACAAUACUCUUCCAACAAAUACAAAUUUCACUAAAGUUAAUAAUAAAACCAUUGAAAUUAAGACUAAUCAAACUAACCCAGACAUUAAAAAAUUAAAUACUACAAUCCCCAUCCCAGAACCUGUUAAUCAUAACUUAACUCCAGAACAAAAAGCACGUGCUAUUCAUCCAACAGAAAGUUACAGUAAAUUUAAUAAAAAGAGCGUUAAGAAAAUAGUAAAGAAAGAAAAUGUUAAAAAAAAUACAAGUACUAAAAAACAAAAUAAUAAAAGUGUUAAUCCAAAGAAAGAAAGAAAACCACAACCAAAAAAUAAUAAGAAUAAAACUCUUGGAAUCACUAAAUUUAUUAAAGGAGUUUCUAAAGUUACUCACAAACUUGCAAAAAAAGCAGAAAAUAGAGUAAGUAAAGUUGUUAAAAAAAUUGCAGGAACUUCAAAACAAACAACAAAAAAAGACGACCUUAAGAAAAAACAAUUAAAACAAUUAAAAAAAUCAGAGAAAAUAGUGAAAAAAACUGAAAAAAAACAAUUAAAGAAAGCAAAUAAAGCAAUUCAAAAAGCUGAAAAAAAAGGACGUAGAAUGAUUAAAAAGGCUGCUACAAUAGCAGGUGUUAAAGCUGGAAUUCAAGCACAAAAACAAGGGUUUGGUUUUGUCAAAACAGCUCGUGUUGUUGCUAACGCUCAAAUCAAAGCAGUAAAUAAAACUCAAAAGAAAGUUGAAAAAAAGAUUAAAAAAGUUACUGAAAAACAUGCCAUCAAAGGAAAAGUUGCUGUUGAUCGUGUUGCACAAAAAGAGGUGAUAAAAGUUAAUGCUAUUGCAAAGAAACAAAAAUAA